CAUGCUGCAGCAAACAAGUUUGCAAUUGUGAUGUCAACAUGUGCCCACCUAUGGAUACAAAGUGUGCAGUCGGGUAUGCACCAGUCUUGGAAGUGCCUGAUGGAAAAUGCUGUCCAGUAAUCAGAUGCGAGCCAAAAAAAGUGUGCGUCCACAAAAAUGUAGAAUAUCAGCCUGGUACCGACAUCCCUGUUGUUGACUGUCAGGAAUGCAGCUGUACAUGGGACGUGGAUCCUAAAACACAGUUCUUCAAGAUCAAAUGUGGAUUUGUGCAGUGCAAUGAAAAAUGUGAUCCUGGUUAUGAAUAUCUUGAUACGAACCCUGACGACUGCUGUGGAAAGUGUGUGCAAACUCACUGCAUUGUCAGUAUUAAUGGCGUCGAUCAUAUAUUGAAGGAAGGAGAGACUUUGCCCUCGACAAAUCAGGGCUGUGAUAGAAUCACAUGUACUAAAGUUAAUGGACAAUUCAUCACCAACAAAUACACAGUCCAGUGUCCUCCUUUCAACAUUACCAACUGCCAGCCUGGCACCGUCCAGCUGUCAUCUGAUGGCUGCUGCAAAGUUUGUGAGUGUUUUUUUUUAUUUUUAUUUAAAGAAAUGAUUUCUGCAUUGUCUUUGUAUAUUCAAUUGUAUGUGUUUGAAGUUUCGGACCAAAUUAAGGGAUGUCAAGUACAGACCGUCCUCGAUUACAUAUAUCACAAUGAAUGUCAGUCAGAGAAGAAAAUGGACAUGACAUUUUGUGGUGGAGACUGUGCUAGUUUUAGCAGGUACACUGAAUCUGGAUUGUCCACUUGUACCUGUUGCCAGGCCACUCGCUCAAGUAAUCGCACAGUGAUUCUUGGCUGCAUAAACGGAGACACAGUGGCCUACAUGUACAUCCAUGUUGAGGAGUGCGCCUGUAGAAGAACUAACUGUCAUAGACCAGGAGUGGGCCACAUACUCAUUGAAGACAGUCAAAGAAAACGCAGCUUAGGACUUCCAUGAGCAGAAGCAGUAAAUCAUACACAUGAGACACUG